AGUUGUACCCGGACGCAACUGUGAAGUGACCUAAACACUUCCGGCGCGGAAAAAUGGCAGCUGCCGUUCCGACCUCACGUGUGAGUGCGGGGGGAAAUCUGAAAAAGACCCCAAAGAAGAAGAUGAAAAUGGCAACCGGAGCCGUAGCGUCGGUGCUGGAAGAGGAGGGCACAGACGGUUCCGAUAGCGAAGGUUCUAUAGUAGGAGGAUCUAUAACAGGAAGCAGUGGACCAGAAUAUGACGACUUUUAUUCUGAUGAGGAAGCAAUAGAAGCUGACAAUGAGAGUGAUGCUGAGCCCCAUGACGAAGAAAAUGAAGAUGACGCAGAAUCAAAUCCUGGGACCAAUAUGGGCUGGGCAGAUGCCAUGGCUAAAGUUCUCAACAAGAAAACUCCUGAAAGUAAACCUACUAUUCUGGUCAAAAAUAAGAAGCUGGAAAAGGAAAAAGAAAAGUUAAAGCAAGAAAGACAAGAGAAAAUAAAACAGCGUGAUAAGAGGAUGGAGUGGGAAAUGAUGUGCAGAGUAAAGCCAGAUGUUGUCCAAGACAAGGAGACAGAGAGAAAUCUUCAGAGAAUUGCAACGAGGGGUGUGGUGCAGUUAUUUAAUGCUGUUCAGAAACAUCAAAAGAACGUUGAUGAGAAGGUUAAAGAAGCUGGAAGCUCUAUUAGAAAGCGAACUAAGUUGAUAUCAACUGUUUCCAAGAAAGAUUUUAUCAGUGUUUUGAGAGGAAUGGAUGAAAGUACAAAUGAGACUACCUCAGGCAAGAAGAAACCAAAAGCCAAACAGACUGAAGUGAAAUCAGAAGAGGGCCCAGGUUGGACAAUCCUACGUGACGAUUUCAUGAUGGGAGCAUCUAUGAAAGACUGGGACAAGGAAAGUGAUGGGCCAGAUGACAGCAGGCCAGAAUCUGCAAGUGACUCUGAUACAUAAAGCACCACAGGAAAUAAAAUCAUCAUUUUAUUUUUUCUAGAAAAAUAUUUCAUCCCCUGAUAGUUGGGGAAUUAUAAGGAUACCAAAAGUCAAAAGACUUUGGCCUGAUUUCAUAUUUCCCCUUUUCAUGUACACUUUAUAUAUACGUUAUUUAAACUAUAUUUUAAACCCUGGUAUAAUUUUAAGCAUUGUUCCUCAGAACAUUUGUAAAAGGAAAUAUUGCAGCUUGACCAGUGAGAUAAGCAUUUUGCCAGGAUCAUAUUGGUCCUGUCUAUUGGUGUGUUAUUAUCACCAGUGUUUUCAGAAAUACAGUACCAAUUCAUAAUUAAACUCUUUCAAGUUAAUAGUUCUCUGCCUUCGAACUUCUAGACCCAACUAUGUAUCUGUAGUUUUUGGGAAUGAUUGGUGUUUUUUGGCUUGUAUUGGGAAGUUAUUGAGAAAACCUAUAUAAUAAAAUUUAAAAUUAAA